CGUCUUCGAGUUCAGGAGGUGACUGUCUAAAACUGCUUGCGUAAUCGCGUUUCUGUUGAUGUUUUCAUUUUCAGCUCCUAUUCCGAAACGUAGAACAGAGAGACACAAAUACCUUGUGUAGACCCCCGAUCCGAGGCCUAAAAGAGUCUUUCAAGCUGCUGUCAUUGACAGAUCUAUUGUGUAUAGCCAUGGACUCGUUGGCGUCACCCGUGGAGGACACGUUGUCCGUGUUCGACAUCCAAAACGACAUCAAUCUCAUCGACACGAUAAACAGCAAGAUCCAGCAGAUGGACUCCCUCAAAGACCAGAGCCUGGCCUCAUACUCGACCAGAAUUGAAGACCUUGAAAGGCAACUCGAAAACACGCUCUCCUCGAUCAAGAGCCUCAGAUCUUCGAGCCAGACUAAAAGCACCAAAUCCGAGUUGAAGAAGCUCGAAAAUGAAAUUUUUGACUCUGCCAGGAGCUUGACAUCCUUGAACAUGGAGAUUAAUUCUCUAAAACUCUCCUACAACGAGGACUUGAAGCGGCUCGACGAGCUAGAGACCGAGCUUUCAAAGCUCAACGACAAGUUCAUCUCGCACACAGCAAUCCUGCAGGUAGACUCGAACUCCACAGACUCGAAGGUUGUUGACGAGAACGCAAACCUCAUCAAGCUGAAGUUGUACCAAUCGCUGGGGCUCAAGUUCAACCAGGAGACCAGAGAAGUCUUGAUACUCAACAAAAGCAAAAACAACGUAUCCCUUCUAAAAAUCGACGACACUUACAGCGAGUACUUCAUCUCCAACUACAUAUGGGAUAGCAUAUAGCACGCGUAUCCUACUUCUCCCACAACACCAGAGCGCAUUAUGUGUAAAAGGAAAUGUAUAAUAUAACGAUAUAUCGUAAUGUCAACUUUGAUUAAAAGACUAUUAAUGCGAGCUUGAAUAUAUAUACAGGAAAC